CCGGGCCGCCGGCGCUGCCGCCCGGAAGGACGCGGCGUUCGCGGGCCCCGUGACCGCGGUGGAGCCGCCAUGGCGGGGGACAGCCCCAGCGCUCUCCCGGUGCAGCUGGUGGAGCAGCCCAGGCCCUGGAGCAGCGCUGGCCUGGCCCGUCCCAUGGAGCUGCGCUCGGUGUGUGCAGUCAGCACGCACACAGACGAACCUCUGUGCCUGCCUUAGCGCUGCGCUGCGGGCACUUCUUAAAACACCGGCUACUUCAUACGAUUGCACCGCAAAUCCCGCGGAAACGACAAGUCCGGCAUUUCCAGACUUGGAAGUGUGAAGUUGUGAGGAGUGCCUCUUUGCUUUAAGGCUCCUGACAAUUUUCUUCUCGAUAUUGCAGAAACUGAAGGAGAUGUUUAUAUCCAAGUUUGGAUCAGCUCCCAAGUUUUAUGCUCGUGCACCAGGACGAGUCAACUUAAUAGGAGAACACAUAGAUUAUUGUGGCUAUGCUGUGCUCCCAAUGGCUAUAGAACAAGAUAUCCUGAUUGCAGUAGAACCUGUGCAAACUCAAGUUGUGCAACUGGCAAAUACCAAUUCUUCGUACUUGGAUUUCAGUACUAGUGUUAAUAACAUUCAGAUUAACAAAACCAAACCUCAGUGGCAUAACUACUUCCUGUGUGGACUGAAGGGUAUUCAGGAACAUUUUGGUCUCAAUAACCCAACUGGAAUGAAUUGUCUGCUAGAUGGAACCAUCCCUCCAAGUUCUGGUCUCUCUAGCUCCAGUGCUUUGGUGUGCUGUGCAGGACUCGUGACACUCAGAGCUAAUGGAAAAACCCUCUCUAAGGUGGAACUCGCAGAAAUUUGCACAAAGAGCGAACGUUACAUUGGCACAGAAGGCGGAGGGAUGGACCAGUCAAUCUCUUUUCUGGCAGAAGAAGGAACUGCCAAGUUGAUAGAGUUCAGUCCACUGAGGGCAACUGAUGUUAGACUUCCAAGUGGAGCAACGUUUGUUAUUGCUAACAGUUGUGUUGAAAUGAAUAAAGCAGCAACUUCUCAUUACAAUAUUAGGGUAAUGGAGUGUCGGCUGGCUACAAAGCUUCUCUCAAAGUCAAAAGGCUUGGAGUGGAGAAAAAUGUUGAGACUCCAUGAUGUGCAAACCAAGCUAGGAGUUAGCCUAGAGGAAAUGCUGACCAUUGUGGAGGAGGUAUUACAUCCUGAGCCUUACAGCGCAGAGGAAAUUUGUAAAUGCCUGGGAAUUAGCCUGGAGGAGCUCCACUCUCAGAUCCUUAGUCAAAACAUGCAAGAUGUUUCCACCUUUAAGUUACACCAGCGUGCAAAGCACGUGUACAGUGAGGCUGCCAGAGUGCUGGAAUUUCAGAAGAUUUGCAGUGAAGCACCUGCCAACGCACUCCAGCUGCUGGGAGAAUUAAUGAAGCAGAGCCAUAUCAGCUGCAGGGAGAUGUAUGAGUGCAGCUGUCCUGAACUGGACCGCCUGGUCGACAUCUGCCUGCAAUUUGGGGCCAUUGGGUCACGUCUGACUGGAGCUGGAUGGGGUGGCUGCACUGUGUCAAUGGUGCCUACUGACAAGCUGAACACUUUCCUAAAAAAUGUAAAAAAAGCUUAUUACCAAACGGAUGGCCAAAGGUUAGCAGUGGAGAAUAACAGUCUGUUUGCUACCAAACCUGGAAGAGGAGCUUUGGUUUUUGUUGAGGCCUAAAGAACAUAAAAGUUUUAAAGAAACUAUGCAGAGCAUGUAGAACUGGCAGUACUUCCCAUGCCACAGUACAUGAAUGCUUUUUCUGGUUUGUAUUGUAACGAGCAGUUGCUAUUAUCAAAAUGUAUUUCUGAAGAAGCAAUUAAAAGAAAACACUUUGAUUAUAAAAGUCUUUUCCCCCCCCAUAUUAAAUAUAUCUUUCAGUAUAAAUAUUGAUUUACUAAAACCUAUUGACAGGGCAAAAUGAAAUUGAAAUAAAGAUGAUGAUUUGUUA